AUGAACGGCAAUGGUCAUAUAGUAAACGGCCACACGGCCGUUCUAUCAAAUGGAGUGUCCAACACUCCCCCGUCGGACUGGGUAGUCCAGAAAUUCGGCGGGACGAGCGUCGGCAAAUUCGCCCAUCAGAUCGUUGACCAGGUCAUCCAGCCGAGCACCCUCACAAACCGUGUUGCCGUCGUAUGUUCCGCCCGGAGUAGUUCCUCCAAGGCGGAUGGGACCACUAAUCGGCUCCUACGAGCAGCACGUGAGGCAGAGAACCCCAAGUCGACUCAGUACAGGACCCUCGUCGAGACAGUUCUGUCCGAACACAUAACCGUGGCAAACGAGCUCAUCCAUUCUGUGGAAUUGAGAACACAAUUGGCAGGAGAGUUUGAUAGCGAAUGUCAGCGGGUAUUGAAAAUACUAGAAGCUGCCCAGACUCUUGGGGAAAUCAGCAGCAGAUGCGUCGACAUGGUCAUAAGUGCUGGCGAAAAGCUCAGCUGCCGUCUUAUGGCUACUCUACUGAACGAUCGGGGCGUUGACGCUGCAUAUAUUGACCUAUCUGAUGCAAUAGACUUCGCUGCCGGUGUCCAGGCUCUGGAUCAAGAGUUCUAUGACCGCUUGGCCAAACUAUUUGCGGAGAAAAUACAUGCAUGCCCCGGUAAGGUGCCAGUGCUCACUGGAUAUUUUGGUCUUGUUCCAGGAGGCCUCAUGGACAAGAUUGGGCGCGGCUAUACAGACCUAUGCGCUGCACUGGUAGCUGUCGGAGUCAAUGCACAAGAACUACAGGUCUGGAAGGAAGUAGAUGGAAUCUUUACGGCUGAUCCCAGAAAAGUUCCCACCGCGCGGUUGCUGGCUGCCAUCACCCCAGCAGAGGCUGCCGAACUGACAUUCUACGGCUCCGAGGUCAUUCAUCCCUUCACCAUGGAACAAGUCAUCCGUGCCAAAAUUCCCAUCCGAAUCAAAAACGUCAUGAAACCUAAGGGUAAUGGCACCAUCAUAUUCCCAGAUUCCCGCUCAGAGCUAGAGCGAACAACCCCAGGACACGACCCCAAGUUCUUCCGCACCCGAGGCCCCCAUUUCUGGGCACACAGUGAAGGCCCCAAACGGCCAACAGCCGUGACUGCAAAGCAUAAAAUCUUGGUCAUUAACAUACAUUCGAAUAAACGAUCUCUCUCCCAUGGAUUCUUCGCUGGCAUAUUCUCCGUUCUUGAUAAAUGGCGGCUUUCCAUAGACCUUAUCUCUACCAGUGAGGUACACGUCUCGCUAGCCCUACAUUCCGAGCUGCCCCUUCUCAACGGCGUUGGCCGUGACGAAUACCAAAUCAUCGACGAGGAUCUGCGUGGAGCAAUCCAAGACCUACGAAGAUACGGAACUGUCGACAUUAUUCCGGAAAUGGCCAUUCUAAGCCUAGUAGGUCAGCAGAUGAAAAAUAUGGUUGGCGUUGCUGGUCGCAUGUUCUCCGUACUAGGGGAGCACAACGUGAAUAUUGAAAUGAUUUCACAAGGUGCCAGCGAAAUCAACAUAUCCUGCGUGAUCGAAGAGAGAGAUGCAGACCGAGCCAUCAACAUUCUUCACACCAACCUUUUCACCUUCCUCGAAUAA